AUGAACCAGUUGCAGUUUGACUUCCAAACUAUGGGACAAACUGCUCAACAUUAUGGUGGUCGAGGUACAACUGUUCCUGAUUCUGCUAUUCCUUUUUACCAUUCUCCAAUACCCCAAAUGACAACGACAUUCAGCCACGGGUUUACAGAGAGGGAUGACCAAGAAAUGAUGUCAUAUGACCCCUCAACAAAUGUCAUCUGCAUCGGAAUGGUUUUACCAGAUUUUCCCACACUAAAAAAAGCUGUAUCAACAUACAGUAUUCAUCAAAGGCGGCGCUUCAUAACGAAUCACAAGAAAAAAAACAAUUGGAAAAUCUCGUGUCCAAAUUUCCAUGCAAUACCUUCUUGUGGCUGGACAUUAUCAGCAAGGAAAUUGCAUGGGGCAUCUUCUCAAUGGAUGGUGACAAAGUUCUUUGAUACACAUGACUGCACAGUACAAUACAACCAAGGAGGGGCAAACAGAAUGUGCAGCAGCGCAUUAAUUAGCGAUUUGAUUUUCCAAAAGAUCGUUGCAGACCCACAGUACAAAAUCAAACACAUCCAAGUAGAUGUGCGACAACAUUACGGUGUGGACAUUUCAUACAGGAAGGCAUGGUACGCCCGACAAAAAUGCAUUGAAAUGCAGUACGGGAAUUUUCAACAAUCCUACAAUGAUCUCCCACAAUUCUUGUGUAACUUGCAAGUGUCCAACCCGGGAACAAUUGUCGAGAUGGAGUGUAUUCCUUCCGAACUACGUGGUUCUGAAUACAUGCAUUUCAGGUAUGCAUUCUGGGCUUUCAAGCCGACAAUUGAUGGAUUCCGCUACUGCGUCCCAGUUAAUUGUAUUGAUGGUACACAUUUGUACAACCGGUACAAAGGGCAUCUCUUUCUAGCAUGCGGAUACACUGCAAACAAGGAAAUAUAUCCACUGGCUUAUUUAAUAGUUGACUCGGAAAAUAAUGCUAACUGGACUUGGUUUCUACGACUACUCGCUGUACAUGUCUUUCCCGAUUAG